AUGGCGGCAGCGAGUAACGCUCCGGUGCUUCUGAUAACGCUCAUUGCGGCCGCAAUUGCCGGCGGCGCUUUGGCUGAUGGUGGGAGCAGCCCUUCCGUGGAGCCGAGUCAUACUUCCGUUCCCUUCAACCGGAGCAGUUUCCCUGCGGGUUUUCUAUUCGGAGCUGGCUCCGCCGCCUACCAGUUAGAAGGAGCAGCUAGUAAAGAUGGAAGAGGUCCAAGUAUUUGGGACACUUUCACUAAGAACCACCCCGAAAAAAUAUGGGACCAUAGCAGUGGAGAAGUGGCUACCGAUUUCUACCAUCGUUAUAAGGAGGACGUGCAAAUAAUGAAGAAGAUGGGGUUGGACUCUUUCAGAUUCUCCAUCUCUUGGUCAAGGAUUCUCCCCAAGGGAACCGUUCGUGGAGGAGUGAAUCCACUUGGCGUCAAAUUUUACAACAAUCUCAUCAAUGAGCUCCUAGCCAAUGGAAUAAUACCUUACGUCACUCUUUUUCACUGGGACCUUCCUCAAGCACUUGAAGAUAAGUACGAUGGAUUUCGAAACGUCAAAAUUGUGAAUGAUUUUCGGAAUUACGCGGACUUAUGCUUCAAAUUAUUCGGCGAUCGGGUCAAGUAUUGGACAACCCUUAACGAACCAUAUUCAUUUAGCGCUUAUGGGUACAACAGCGGCACUUUCGCUCCUGGAAGAUGUUCCAACUACGUCGGGAAUUGUACCGCCGGCAACUCCGGCACCGAGCCCUACAUCGUUGCUCACAAUCUCCUCCUCUCCCAUGCCGCUGCCGUCAAAGUCUACAGGACAAGGUACCAGGCAAAGCAGAAGGGGAAGAUUGGAAUCACAUUGGUGACUCACUGGUUUAGGCCCAAACGCAACACGCCAGCUUCGCGAGCGGCGGCGAAUCGAGCUCUUGAUUUCUUCUUGGGAUGGUUUCUGCAUCCGAUUACUUAUGGCACCUACCCUAAAUCGAUGCGUCAGUACGUUGGAGAUAGACUGCCGAAAUUCUCCGCGGCAGAGUCAAAAAGUGUUAAAGGAUCAAUGGAUUUUCUUGGAAUGAAUUACUACACUGGCAAUUUUGCUGACAAUGUGCCUUUCUCGAAUUCGCCUAACAAAAGCUAUAGUUCUGAUUCACACGUCUCAUUCUCUACGGAGAAAGAUGGUGUUCUAAUUGGACCAGCGACUGGUUUGAACUGGCUUUACAUCUACCCAGAGGGCAUCCGUCUACUUUUGAAAUACGUUAAAGCAGAGUACAAAGAUCCAGUUAUUUACAUCACCGAGAAUGGUAUGGCUUAUUCAGACAAUAUGACACUGCCAAUUAAGGAAGCUCUAAAAGAUGGAACAAGGAUCAAAUACCACCACGCCCAUCUUGCAUCUCUUCUUCAAGCUAUCAAGGAAGGAGUGAAUGUGAAGGGAUACUACGCCUGGACUUUUCUGGACGACUUUGAAUGGGACGCAGGCUACACGGUGCGGUUCGGCCUCGUCUACAUCGAUUUCAGGCACAAAUUGGGAAGGUACCUCAAGUAUUCUGCUUACUGGUUAAAGAGGUUCCUACUUCAUUGAGCUUAGCAGUAGAAUCUCUCCCACAUGCCGCCGUUUCUUGUCCAAUGGAACCACUAUUGAAUAAGGAGAGGGCGUUGGAGUGGGUAACAUGAGAAACUUUUGUGUCAAGAACUUCUUUCCUUCUGCAAUUUGAGUUUGUUGAUUGAUAUUUCUCAAUAAAAGGUUUAGAAUCUUGAGUGUAAAAGUGUUCAUGAAUCGAGUCGAACUAGUUCAAACGGAUCGACCCGGUACAAUAAGUCAAGUUAUUAUGUAGCUUUUUUAAGUUGAUUCCGCUUAAAUAUUUAUGUAAUUGUUGAUCAUUGUAAUCGCCCUUGUUUUACUAUUAAUAAUAUGGCUUCUUUAUGAACAA